AUGUCAAGAGAAGCUAUCGGGAGCCCUGCCUAUGUAGCUACACCUCAGGACACCCUAGCCCUCAAAUGCCCCAAAGUGGACGGACUCGCUUAUAGCACAUUACCUAAUCGGCCCGCCCCAAACUCCUCACCGUCUGGAAUUCCCGUCAAGUGCUACGAACAUCAUCCGCCAACGACCGUCGAUACGCCGACAUCAAGAUGUGAGUGCCAACUCCUUCGCUCCUCACCAGAGAACGAUAUUCUAUGUUUCAUUCCUUCGAUCGCAUUCCGACGAAGUGACGCUCGCGGUGGAAAUAAUGAAGACCGGACUUUCGUGAUGCAUUGUGUGCAGAGGCUGAUGUCUUUUUUUCGUCAACACAGGGUCAACCUUCGCACCCAGAAGCGCCUCGCCGCCUCCGUGGUCGGCUGCGGCAAGCGCAAGAUUUGGCUCGACCCCAAUGAGAUGAACGAGAUCUCCAACGCCAACUCCCGCCAGACUAUCCGCAAGCUCGUCAGCGAUGGCCUCAUCAUCCGCAAGCCCGUCACCAUGCACUCCCGUGCCCGCGCCCGUGAGCUCAACGAGGCCCGCCGCAUCGGUCGUCACCGCGGUCUGGGUAAGCGCAAGGGUACCAAGGACGCCCGUAUGCCCAGCCAGAUCCUCUGGAUGCGCCGCAUGCGUGUCCUCCGUCGUCUGCUCGUCCGCUACCGUGCCGCUGGCAAGAUCGACAAGCACCUUUACCACGAGCUGUACCACCUGAGCAAGGGUAACACCUUCAAGCACAAGCGUGCUCUGGUUGAGCACAUCCAGAAGGCUAAGGCCGAGCGCCAACGUGAGCGUGUCCUCAAGGAGGAGAUGGACGCUAAGCGUGCCAAGAACAAGGCUCUCCGUGAGCGUCGGGCGGAGCGUGUCGAGGCCAAGCGUAACGCUCUGGUCGGCGAGACCCAGGAGUAA